UGUCUAGCAGCUAGUUGUUAAAUUAUAAGCAAAUCGCCAGUGAGUGAAGCUUGCUAUCCUAGCUAGCAACUAGCCAAUGCUAACUUACAUUAACUAAUGUUAGCUCCAUACCUUAACGUUGAUUAACGUUACUUUUAGCAAACGAAUAAGAAGACUCUUUGUAGCUGUAGGUUAGACGCUAAUAAGUACGCCUUAUUUUUAUUUGUAGCAAGUGUGCGCCCAGAUAUCGUUAACGUUAAUAUGAUUAGGCGGCGUUAUAACGGUAACGUGGACGUUAGUUCUAUCAUAGCUUGUUAUGGUCCUUGUUAUUGUAAUAUAACAUUAUAGCAUAUCGUUAACGUUAAUGCAUAACUCCAACGUUAGCCAGAGUAAUGUUUUCCACCAAAUGCACCAUCAGUGAUAAAAUCACAGUCUGCGACAGCAACGUGUCGAUGCUAGCUAGUCAGUAACGUUACGUGGAUUGAAUGAGCUGAAGUAAACUAACUUGGCUUUAAACUGAUUAAACCUUGUCUUAGCUUACCUAAGUUUACGUGUUAUCUUACCGUGGUCCUUAAGCUAUAACCAGCCUCCAGACUGUGAAACUAAUCGUGUCGGAUCGGCAAAAUCACUAUCAUCAUGACGGGAAUGUUUUUGGGAGUGGGUACAGGAGUUUUCCUUAUUGCUCUUAUUUGGAUUGUGGCUAGCGCCGUGAGCAUACUUCUAUCAAGAACAACUGGCGCAGCCAAAUUGGGCAUCCUCCCUGUUCUUCUUCUGGCUCUCAUCAUAACCCUGAUCCUGCUGUUGUUCCCUCGCGCCUCCGAGAUUCCUUCUCCUGUCAAGGAAGUUCAGAUUGUGGACCAUCUCUUCAUUGGGCGCUACGUGCUGUUGUCCCUGGUCAGUUUGGUGUUCCUGGCAGCGCUCUUCAUGUUGUUGCCCCUACAUUUUCUGGAGCCGGUCUAUGCCAAGCCCCUGAGAACCCACUAGCAAGUGGAGCGUCAUGCCAACUUGGCACGGAAUACUGGACUUCACUUCACGGGAUGUGCCCGGCUGGAGAUAAGAUGCUUCAACAAGUGUACUCUCAGCCAUCUUUUUUUUCUAUCCUGUCUUCUUGUUUGAGUUGUUGUUUGGAAGUUUGGACUUUUUGUAUAUUUAAGAAUUUGUUAAGGAGAUUAUGAGCUUUUGUAAUAAACAUUCUUGU